CAAUUUUUUCCAGGGUUUACCGAACACCCUGUACAUUUUCAUGUAAAGCCACUAUAGUUCUCUAUUCCUUCGCGACAUUAUUUCAAGGUAAUUUAGUUUUUAAAUAUGUUAAGCAAAAAUCAUGCUAUCCAGUGCUGUAAAAAGUACAAUGUUGUACAAAGGAUCUUCCAAUUUUUUUAUCGUGUUAUAGGUGGGCUACCUGUAUAUACAAGUGAUGUUAUGAAUCGAUCAAGAAUUGCUGUUUAUUCGUAAAUAAAAUUUCCAAAGCCUAAGCCAAUAGAUAACACCAAUCGAAAAGGUGCACGCGCGCCGAACGGGACAAACGAUCCCCGUGAAAUGUAAAUCCACGCCAUUAGCUGGUGAUAGAUUACCAAGUUCCAUUGUCAAACGUACAAAGUUUCGUUCCGUUGGUCCCCUGUCUAUUUGUACGAGACACCGUCGUCGAUUGAUUGCCCGUAAGAACGUAUUUGAAUAGUUCCCAGAUAUGCAUCCAUCAUACGAAGGCUACAACACUCUUAUCUCCGUUUCGAUAAAGUCGAUGCAAUGAAAUGUGGCUGUGCUUCGAAAGAAAAAGAAACGAGACGUCCGUAUCGAACAAUGGCCGUAUAGUCGAUAAGACGGUUGAUAAUAACAGACAAAUAUGCACAGUGACAAGGAGUCUUUUGGGUGGGAAAAAAAGUAAUUAGUUUAGUGAGUCGCGAGCCGAUAAACGGGACGGGACUGGACAGGUUUCACAGAACUUAGUGUCGGAAUUACUUUGGUUGGAUGACCAGUGGAGCGAGGAAUCGUUUCGAUAAUUGUUUCGAUAACUGUGCCCGAUCGUGAUGCGAUCAGAGUGAUCCGUGACCGUGAAACAAUCAUGACACGCAUUAUUUUAUCGAUAAUAAAACUUUCACUACCGAACUGUUGCUCCUCAUUAUAGUAACAGCGAUUAAUCCGCGAAGAAUACGUCCAACUAUGAAGACACGCGGUAACAUAUGAUACGACUGAGACCUUUUACCAGAAAUAAUCACACCAACGUCAUGGAUACUUUCCGCGCUGGCGUUUUAAUCAUUUUCAUUCUACUGUUCGGUGAAAAUCGAGCUAUAUAUCGGGACAUCGACACGAUCAGAGAUGCAGAAACGUUCGUUGAAAAUGGCGGAAAUUGCUCGACCGUCGACUAUCGACUACCAAAAACGAUUGUUCCCACAAACUAUGAGAUUAUACUAAUACCAUCUUACGAGGGUGACUUCAAGUUCGAAGGAACAGUGCAUAUAAAGGCCCUCGUGCAACAAGACACGGACACCAUAACGCUCCAUCAUGGACGAAUUAGCAUAACAGGGAUGAGCGUGAAUUACGAGAACAACACAAUCGGUAUUUCAGCCACGUGCUACGACAACAAGACAGAGCAAUUUCAACUGAAACUAAAAAGUGUUUUGGAAAAAGGGAUGAACAUUGUCAUAAAUUUCCAGUACACUGGUACACUGAGAGACGACAUGAUUGGAUUUUACAAAAGCCUGUACUUCGACUCCAAUGGAAAAAUUAGAUGGCUGGCCUCCACGCAAUUCCAAACCACCCACGCGAGGCACGCUUUCCCCUGCUUCGACGAGCCUAGUCUCAAAGCAACGUUCCAGCUGAGAAUUCUAAAAAAACAGGAUUACACUUGCCUGAGCAACAUGCCGCUGGCAAGAAGCAUAGCUGUACCCGAAGAAAAGAACACAUACUGGGAGGAUUUUGGCCAGAGUAUCCCAAUGUCGACGUACUUGGUGGCGUUCAUGAUUUCGGACUUCAAGUAUUUGGGGGGUAAUAGCUUCAAGGUCUGGGCAAGACCUGACGCCAUCGAUCAAGCGAGGUACGCUAUGAGCAUCGGGCCAAAGGCUCUGGACCACCUCUCGAAAUUGUUCAAACAAGAGUACCAGAUCCCCAAGAUGGACAUGGUGGCCGUGCCAGACUUCUCUGCUGGCGCGAUGGAGAACUGGGGUCUGGUCACCUAUCGCGAGAGUCGACUCCUCUACGACGGGAACACCACCUCCGACGCCGCGAAACAGUCGAUCGCGUCGGUGAUCGUCCACGAGCUGACGCACAUGUGGUUUGGGAACAUGAUCACGUUCGAAUGGUGGAGCUACUUGUGGCUCAGCGAGGCGUUCGCCAGAUACUAUCAAUAUUUCGGCACUGCACAGAUUGAAACAUCAUGGAACAUGGAGGACCAAUUUGUCGUAGAACAGCAUCAAACCGCUCUAGCAGCGGAUGGACUUGAAACAUCCAAACCAAUGACCAGACAAAUUUUAAAUUCUGUGGACGUGUCUGGAGCUGGAGACACUAUCACGUAUAACAAAGGAGCUAGCGUACUACGUAUGAUGAAUGCUAUUUUCGGACAGGAUGUUUUCGAAGCUGUAUUGCAAAAUUACCUCAAGAACAAUAAAGAAAAUAAAGUAGCACGUCCGGAGAAUCUGUGGAGCGAGUUUCAAGCAGAGAUCGAUCGUCGAGCAAUAAAACUAGCUUCCUCUGUGAAUAAUGUAAUGACCACGUGGACAGAACAACCCGGAUAUCCAGUGUUGCACGUCUCCGUUAAAAACGGAGUCGCGACCGUGCAGCAGAAGCGUUUCCUUUUGAGAAACUUAAAAUCCACAGCAACGAAUCUGACGUGGUGGGUGCCCAUUACGUGGGCCAGUAAAGACGAGCCUAAUUUCAACGAUAUGAAAGUAAAACAUUGGCUGAAUAGAAACGAAAGUGAAGUUAAAUUAAACACAAAUUCAGGAUGGGUGAUAUUUAACGUCCAAUCAACCGGUUUUUAUCGAGUGAACUACGAUAAUAAUUCUUGGUACCGUAUAAUCGACGUUUUAAAUAGCGAAGACUAUCAACAAAUACACGUCCUUAAUCGAGCCGCCUUGGUCGAUGAUUUGUUGAACUUAGCGAGAGCUGGUUUACUCGAUUACGCGACAGCUUUAAAUGGCGUACGAUACAUAAAAAAAGAAACAAAUUAUUUGCCCUUUAAGUCUGCGUUUACUGGGCUCAAUUACCUAGAUCAACGUUUUUCUGGAAACGAUGAACAUUACCAGCUUUUCAAGAGAUUUGUUCUGAGUCUUAUCCAAGAUAUAUAUGAAAACCUCGGGUACCUAGAUCGUGUCAACGACGACAGAUUGACGGUACUAUUGAGAAGCGAACUGAACAAAUGGGCUUGCAAUUAUGGCCACGAAGAAUGCAUAGAAACUUUCACCACGAUGUUCAAAAAAUGGAGGACAACCAAUGUCCCAACAAUCAAACCAAACCAACGUGAAGCAGCAUACUGCACGGCAAUUAAACACGGAUCGCAGGAAGAUUGGGAAUUCUUAUGGAAGGAAUAUUCGAAUUCAAACUCGGCUACCGAACAAUCGGUUAUACUGCAAGCUCUCGGUUGCACCCAAGACAAUGCUAUAAGAGAAAGAUACCUUUUAUAUGCACUCCAAAGUUUCGAAACAAGCAAAAUUCGCAGACAAGACAGCACUGCUGUGUUUUCUGCGGUGUCCAGUUCCAGUUUAUCCGGUGCAGAAUUUCUAUUAAACUUCAUCGACAAAUACCACGCCAAAAUGACGGAAUAUUACGAGGGGCCAAGCACGAUCGCUACCAUACUAUCGUCAGCUUCCCAGCGUUUAUCGACACGGAAGUCAGUCGACGGAUUCGCAAAUUUAAUCCAAAAGCAUGCAACGCCUUUCGAUAGCAUUUUGAGUUCCUUGAGAAACUCCCUGGACAUAGCAGAAUACGAAUUAAAGAAUUUUGGAAGUUUCAGCGACCAGAUUGCAUCUUGGAUGACCGACAACACUAUAGAUUAUUAUCGUCUGCCUGAAAACAUAAUUCCUGUUGAUUAUUUAAUCGACGUGACGCCGCAUAUCGAAACCUUUACAUUCGAUGGAGAAGUGACCAUACAGGCGCAGGUCGCAACGAAGACGAACAAAAUCGUUUUGCACUCGUCGGAAAUAAAACAUGACAAGAUCACCGUUUCUCUAGAGGGAAAAUUGCUAAACAUUGACCGUAGCUAUACUACCGAAAAGUAUGAUUUUCUCACGAUCGUGUUAUCGGAACAAUUACCACUUGGAAGUAAAAUAACUAUUGCGAUUAAAUAUUCGGGAUCCCUGAACGAAGAAAUGCGUGGAUUUUAUAGGAGUUCCUACACGACCAGCAAUGGCGACACAAGAUGGUUAGCAGCUACUCAUUUGGAACCAGUCGGAGCUAGGAAGUUAUUCCCCUGUUUCGACGAGCCAGCAAUGAAGGCCAAUUUCACGAUGCAAGUUACAUUAGAGAAAGGAUACAAUGCCAUCAGCAAUAUGCCAAUAGAGAAAUCAACUACAAUCGGAAACGGAGGGCUCGGAAUAAAAUUCCAGGAAACGCCUAAAAUGUCCACGUACCUGGUGGCUUUGGUAGUCUCUGAUUUUAAUUACAUCGUUUAUAACGACAUUUACAAAGUGUGGUCGAGACCGGACGCCAUCAACCAAGGAACGUACGCUUUGUCCAUUAUGGAAAGCUUAGUGAAGUAUUACGAGAAUGUAUUGAACAUUCCUUACAAACUACCGAAACUCGACAUGGUGGCGUUGCCUGAUUUUGCGUCAGGCGCGAUGGAGAAUUGGGGUCUAUUGACCUACAAGGAAAGAAACGUGUUGUACAGUGACAAAGAAUCGACCACUGCGACCAAACAAAGCAUAGCUAACGUCAUAUCCCACGAAAUCAGUCACCAAUGGUUUGGAAAUCUGGUCAGUCCACUCUGGUGGAAGUACCUAUGGCUGAACGAAGGCUUCGCUAGAUAUUACCAGUACUUUGGAACGGACAAUGUGGAGAAAGACUGGUCGCUGGUACCCCAAUUUGUGGUAGAACAGCUUCACUCGGCCCUUGAGACUGACAGUUACGCGUCCAGUCACGCCAUGACGCACAACGUGUACAGUCCAACGGAGAUCAGGGGAAUCUUUGACACAAUAUCUUAUGCAAAAGGCGCCAGCGUGAUACGAAUGCUGAGGGAGCUGUUCGGUGCCAACGUGUUCCAUAAAUCUCUUCACAAUUAUCUAACCAAAUUACAAUACGACGUGGCCACUCCCAACGACCUGUUCGAUGCUUUCAAAGAACAAAUUACCGAUAACGACACUCGAGAUUCCUUCGACAACAUUAUGAACACAUGGACCACUCAGCCUGGGUAUCCCGUUGUUCGUUUCACCAUUAAAAGUAAUAGCUUGCACCUCAAACAAGAGCGCUUCUUAAUCGAACGAAGCAAGGACGCAUCUAGCGAAAAGCCUCUGUGGUACGUUCCAAUCACUUGGACAUCUCCCAACAAACCGUCCACUAACGCAUCAUGGUUGUACUGGUUCUACAAGGCGGAGGACAACGUUCCGUUGUCAGGCUGUGACACAGAUUUAUGCAUCUUUAACGACAAACAGGCUGGCUUUUAUCGUACGAAUUACGAGGAUGAUCACUGGCGACGAAUAAUCACCUUCCUGAAAACCAAGUCGUACGACAAGAUCAACGAGAUCAACCGUGCAACGAUCAUCGACGAUCUGAUGAAUUUCGCUAGAUCGGGAUACGUGGAUUAUGAGAUCGCGUUAUCGGCGACACAGUAUCUCGUGAACGAGAGAAAUUACGUUCCGUGGCGGGCGUUCUUCAACAGCCUAACCUAUCUGCGCAGACAGUUUCAAGGAAGAGACGCUUUCGACGCAUACAAGAGAUACCUAACUGCACUUCUGACGCCGAUAUACGAUGAGUUAAAGUUCGAAGACCAGAAAAGUGACAAACACGAAAGGUUGCUAUUGAGAAUGUACGUUCGCAAAUGGGCUUGCGAGCUGGGAGUCUCUGAUUGCGAGGCUAACGCCACCUUGUACUUCAAGACGUGGUACGGUGACCAGACACAAAAUUUCCCGGCAAAUUAUCGCGGGGUAUCCUAUUGUGCAAUUGCCAGAACAAGUCCAUCUGAUUACUGGGACAUUUUGUGGUCGCUUUAUAUGAACACUACGGUCGCCUCGCACAAAUCGGUGAUUCUACAGUCCCUGGCCUGCACCACACAACCGACUUAUCUGAACAAGCUAUUGAACAAAGCUAUAACGAAGAAUUCUGGAAUACGAUUCGAAGACAGUCCCAGUGUAUUUUCGAACGUUAUCGAUGCUAGCUUAGAAGGUGUUGACUAUGUAAUUGAUUUCGUUAAAACUAAUUACAACGAAAUCAACAAGUAUUAUAGAGGCGAUGUUUCUAAAAUCAAAAGCAUCGUGCUCGCUCUUGCAAGGAGGCUGUCUACGGAGAAACUCUACGCCAAGUACAUGAAUUUGAUUGCUUGGCUGGAGGAGAAGGAAUUCUCGUCUUUUGGAAGCUCCUUGAAUACUUACAAGAAUCGUGCAGCUUACGAGUUAACCUGGGCAGAAAGUUAUAUUCCAAAGUUACACGAAUGGAUGGAGACGAACUAUCCAGACACCGAUUAUCGUUUACCAAAAUUACACUCUCCGUUGAAGUACAACAUUUCACUUUCUCCACACUUCCAAGAGAGAAAUUUCACGUUCACCGGAAGGGUUCAAAUAUCCACAAGAUGUCUCAGAAACACCUCACGAAUAGUCCUCAACAGUCACCAGCUAAAAAUAAACAAAGUAUCAAUCUACAAAAGCGACUCGACAUACAUAGGUGAAGAAUUAAACGUCAACAGCAUUAUGACGACAGAGAAUACUCAAAAGCUCACUGUAUUCAUGAAAAACAUUAUAAGGAACGAUGAAAUACUUAUUGACAUUGAGUUCGAGGGAGUUCUGAACGACAAAAUGGAAGGCUUUUAUCGAAGCUAUUAUUUCAACAAUGUUAUGAACAUUAGCUGGUUGGCGACAACUCAAUUCGAACCUACUCACGCUAGAAAAGCAUUCCCUUGCUUCGAUGAACCAGCCCUUAAAGCUACAUUCGUAGUCAACAUCGAAAGACCUGAGAAGUAUGUUGCGCUAAGCAAUAUGCCCAGUAAAAAGACAUCACCGAUUGUCGCAGGUCGCGUGUGGGAGACGUUCGACGAAACUCCAACAAUGUCGACGUACUUGAUCGCGUUUGUUGUUAGCGAUUUCGAAACAGUCAGAAAUUCGUACGUAACAGUAAAUAUAUGGGGUAGACCGAGCAUCGCGCCGAGCGGCGAUUACGCUCAAAUCGCUGCUCCGCGAAUGCUGGAAAUUCUCGCAACGAAAACGAAUCAAGAGUACACUUUACCGAAACUGGACUUAAUAGGAAUCCCAGACUUUUCGAUGGGUGCUAUGGAAAACUGGGGUCUAGCCACAUUUAGAGAGUAUGGACUGUUCUACAACGAGAAGGUAACGACGGCCAAGUACGCAGACUACAUACUCACUAUAAUAGCACACGAGCUCGCUCACAUGUGGUAUGGAAAUUUGGUCACGUGCGACUGGUGGGAACACAUUUGGCUCAACGAAGGUUUCGCAGAAUACAUGCAAUGGCAGGUGGCACAAUCGUUCAAACCUGGUCAUAAUUUCGAAGAUCUUUUUGUCGUCGACGAGUUGCAAGUUGCGAUGAAGAACGAUGACUAUGUUUCGUCGCAUCCCAUGAACAAUCCCGUUAGCAAACCAUCCGAAAUCGCCAAUGUAUUCGACAGUAUUGCGUACGGAAAAUCAUCCAGCGUAAUACGAAUGAUAAAGAAUUCAUUGGCCCCGGAAGUUUUCUCAAAAGCCACGCAACGAUACUUGCGCGAAAAUCGAUACAGUAAUACGAGUCCGAAAGACCUUUGGAAAGCAUUUGACGCCGUCAUUAACGAGACUCACGCUUUUGGAGAUUGGAAGAUUUCCAUGGAAACUUUAAUGAACAGUUGGACCAACGAAGCAGGAUAUCCGGUUGUUUCUGCAACUUCGAAUGGCAAUAAAAUAACGUUAACUCAGAAACGUUUCUCGCUAAAUCAACACGAGGAGCCCACGAAGGUCUACUUUUGGAUCCCCAUCACAAUGGCGUCUGCUUCCAAUGUGAAUUUCAUAACGACCGCGACGAACGUUUGGUUGGGUGAAAAAAGUUUGGACGUUGAGUACAAACCGGGCGACUGGUUUAUACUAAACGUUCAGCAGAGCGGAUACUAUCGCGUGAACUACGACGACGAUUCGUGGCUGCGUUUGAUAAAAGCGCUUAGGCAACCGACGCACAGCUCUAUCCAUCAGACGAACCGUGCACAAGUCAUCGACGAUCUUCUGAAUCUAGCUCGUGGUAGUUACAUCGAUUACAACCUGGCGUUGAAUGGUACGACAUACUUGAUCAAGGAGAAGCAUUAUCUGCCGUGGAGAUCGUUCUUCAACGACAUCAGUUUCAUCGCGCAGCGUUACGAAGGCUACAAUGAUAGCCGCGAUCUUCUUGGAAAGUACAUUAUGCACUUGACGUCGGAUAUAUACAAUAGCAUCGGUUUUAUGGACAGCGAGUCCGAGAACCAUCUGGACCAGCUGGCCAGGGAACUGAUUCUGACUUGGGUGUGCAAAUUCAACGACACGAAAUGCGUCGACACGUCUAAGAAACUGUUUGCCAACUGGCGUCAAGCUCAACAGUACACAAUUUCUCCAAACGCGAGACCAGCCGUUUACUGCACAGCCUUGAAACAUGGAUCCAUCGAAGAUUGGCGUUUCCUCUGGGAACAGUACCUGAAAGCAGACUUUGCUUCAGAAAAGAAGAUCAUACUGGAUGCUCUUGGAUGCACAUUGAACAAGGAGCUACUGCACGAAUACAUUGGCGAUGCAUUGAAUGUUAACUACACAUCCAGCAUUCGAAAGCAGGACGUAAGCGCAGCACUUGCUUCUGUCUACAGCGCUGGACAGUUUGGGCUGAACGUGAUGUUGGACUAUUUGUUGGAAAAUUAUGAAGAAGUUUACAAGUAUUAUGGCGAGUGGGAGAGUGUCGGAGACCUGUUCUUGAAAGUGGCAUCUCGCUUCUCCACCAAAUCCGAAAUUUCAAAGCUACAAAAUUUCGCAGAUACUAAGAAGGACAGCAUCACGAGCAUCUCGUCCAUGUUGGAUAGAGCGAUUGCAGCAGCGAACAAAAAUUACAAUUGGUACAAUUCCAAUUUUGAUAAAAUCAAUUCGUGGUUGACUUGGUACCAGAACAGCAAUUCUAAAAGCGGAACUGGCAGAGUAGUUGCAAGUGCCUUCAGUAUAAUUUCCAUGACUGUGUUGUCGAUAAUCGUGUAUAUAAUUGGCCGAUAGAGAAUUGUAAAAACACUUUGUACCAAUAUGUUUAAUAUGAUCAGAAACCAAAGUAUAUUUUCUAUAAACUAUGUAUCGUAUUAGUGGU